AGUGCGAACAAUUAGUAUAGAAUCGUUAGUAAUUUUUAUUUCCGCUCAGAAGCACAUACAAGCAGUGUGUGGGAGAUAUGGUGCCACGAAUAAUACUGUUCUUGCUGUUUUUGCUGCAUUUCGUGUUCGGAGAUGAACACGCGCGUCACGGGAUCCCGCUACCAGGAAGUCUGAGCUCGGUAGGAGGUGGCUUGGAGGAGUCUCCCCCCAUCUACCGACCAGGGUCUCAGGCAUACGUAGUAACCCACUUCGUGAAGCCGAAACCUCCCCACCAGUAUUGGGAGGACGAGACAUCUCUAACCUUAGUUCCGGAGAACAAAAACUGCCUUCUUUGUGAAACUCAAGAUUCAGGUGCUUGCAGAGCCAUGCCCUCAUGUGUUUAUUGCGAACCCACUGUGACGGCUCUCUGUGAGAGGAGCACGCCUUGCUUGAGGUGUACUGUAAUCAAAAAUCCGUUCUUCAAAUGCGUUCCCGGUGAGAAAUAUAUGGACGAGUGUGACUCCUGCCGCUGCACUGACGGCCACAGCGGCUGGUGCACCAACCAGUUUUGUGAAUUCAGGUCCUUGCACAUCUACGCUGCCAGGCUGUCCGACGGGGAGUUCUACUGAUGUAUCGACGAGUUCGACUAAUAUUGUGCUAAUAAUAUUUAAUAAAACAUGUAUUUUUACA